CCCCUCUAGCUUGGCUCGCAUGGCUCCAUGGUUCAUCCCCCGCCACAGCCUCAAAGACAACCCGACCCCAAGAACCCCAAGCUGCCCCAACUUUCUUGUCACCCACACGCCAAGGACCUUCACCGUCAAACCUCCCCUCCCUUCCUCCCUUCCUCCCGCAUCACACAUGUCUGACCUCAGUGCCAUCUGAUCAUGUUGCGUCCUACAUAAGUAUCCAUCCCCCGAGUCAGUCUCUUCUACGCGGCAUCUGGCGUGACCAGAAAAUAAACGCUGUCCCACCGAAGAAACGCAUCUGCCACCAUCAUGUCGUCCUCUAUUCUAGCAACGGCAUCGAGGACUGUGGCUUCCGCUGCCUCUGCCUCACCAACUGGCAAUCGCGCAGUUCCCCAAGGAGGAGUAAUUGAGGGGCUCAAUCCCACCACCUACGAUGCCAAAAAUCCAAUCGUCCUGUUCAUUAUCCAGGCAGGGAUUAUCAUCAUUUUCUGUCGUAUCCUCCAUUUCCCCCUCGCCAAACUCCGACAACCUCGAGUCAUCGCAGAAGUCAUUGGUGGAGUUAUACUCGGUCCCUCGGUGAUGAUGCGAAUACCCGGUUUCAAGGAUGCCAUAUUCCCACAAGCGUCUAUGGCAGGCUUGAAUUUGGUGGCUAAUCUGGGAUUGAUCUUGUUCUUGUUCCUGGUUGGCCUGGAAGUGAAUAUGCGUAUGUUUAUUACCAAUUGGCGUGUAGCACUGAGCGUUGGAUUGGCUGGAAUGGCCCUUCCUUUCGGUCUUGGGUGUGGGAUUGCAUACGGCCUGUACCACCAAUUCAGAACCGAUGAAGGGAUUGUGGAGAUCAGCUUUGGUGUAUAUAUGCUGUUUAUUGGAACGGCAUUAUCUAUCACUGCCUUUCCCGUCCUUUGCCGUAUUCUCACAGAAUUGAAGCUCCUCAGUACUGCAGUCGGUGUCACGGUUCUGGCUGCAGGUGUUGGAAAUGAUGUCGUUGGCUGGAUUCUCCUCGCUCUAUGCGUUGCACUUGUUAACAACGGUUCUGGUAUUGCAGCGCUCUAUGUCUUACUAGCUGCUGUAGGAUGGAUUUUGUUCCUUGUUUACGCCAUUCGACCGGUGUUCAUGUAUUUUCUGCGCCGUUCCGGAAGCAUCCAGAAUGGCCCAACACAGGGAAUGAUGGCGGUCACAAUUCUUUUGGUUUUGACAUCAUCCUGGUUCACACAAAUCAUUGGAGUUCAUGCUAUUUUUGGAGCUUUCUUAGUCGGACUCAUCUGUCCCCAUGACGGUGGAUUUGCGAUCAAACUUACAGAAAAGGUUGAGGAUCUGGUAUCUGUUUUAUUUCUGCCACUUUAUUUUGCCCUAUCCGGUCUUGGCACCAAUCUAGGAUUGUUAAACGAUGGCAUCACAUGGGGAUACGUUAUUGGAGUUAUUGCGAUUGCUUUUGCUGGUAAGAUUAUUGGGGGAACUCUUGCUGCACGAGCGAACAAGCUUGUUUGGAGGGAGAGCCUUACAAUUGGAUGUUUGAUGAGUUGCAAAGGUCUCGUGGAACUUAUUGUCCUUAACAUUGGUCUCCAAGCGAAAAUUCUAUCAACAAGAACAUUCACUAUGUUCGUUGUCAUGGCUCUCGUCACUACCGUCGCAACUACACCACUUGUCCUCGCUCUAUACCCACCAUGGUACCAAAAGAAACUCGAGGCUUGGAAGAGAGGAGAAAUUGACUGGGAUGGAAAUCGCUUGACGCCAGACAACGAUACACCCAAGGAAUCCGUCGAGAAACUUCGAAACAACCAAGUCCGCAAAUUGCUUGUUUAUCUCAGACUCGACAGCUUGCCCAGUUUAUUCACCUUCAUUGCGCUUCUAGGUGGUGACAGAGCCACCGUCAGCACGAAGAUCCACAAGGCUAAGACGGAACUUGCAACAGUACCGGAGGGCGAGAGCUCAGACUCUACAUCGGUCGUUAUAUCGAAACGACCACUUGAGGUCCACGGUGUACGGAUCUUGGAGCUCACAGAGCGAACGUCCUCAGUCAUGCAAAGUUCCGAGCUUGAUGACUAUGGUCGUAGAGAUCCUGUCGUCAAUGCAUUCCGAACCUUUGCUCAGCUCAACAAUGUCGCAGUUUCAGGAGACGUAUCCAUCGUUCCCGAGGAUUCUUAUGCAGAGACAUUGAUUGGACAAGCCUCGGAUCAUUCUUCGGAUCUUGUUUUAAUUCCCUGGAACAACUCUGAUAGCUCGACCGAGUUUGGCACAGUCAAUGACUCUCUUUCGGCCAGUGUUCAAGAUGCCUUUAUUCAGAAAACACUAGAGACCGCAACAUGCAACACUGCAGUCUUUUACAAUCGUGGCUUUGGUGGUCCAUCGACAGCCCCAGAGCCUAGACUUGCCCGAACCCUCAGCGGUCUUAGUUUGCGCAGUCACCGCGAGUCAACAACAUCUCCUAUCGCAGAUCGCAGCCAUCACGUCUACUUCCCAUUCUUUGGUGGAGCCGAUGAUCGCGUGGCGCUGCGCUUUGUGCUUCAACUUGCACAGAACAGCAACGUUACUGUCACCGUCGUACACUUCAACACACCAAUUCAAUCCGGAAACGAAAAGACCCCAGAGGUCACAUACCAAACAGCUCAAGCAUCAGGGCCUUCAAACUCUUCAAAGCUCACCAUUGCUGAGAGAGUUGAUACCGAGACCAUGUACGCAACUGCAGCUCAAGAUGUGGCCCUCUUGCAUACACUCCGUGACUCCUUAUCGGCGUCGCUUACCAGUCGGGUUGUUUUUGUGGACAUCGCUACCACAACUCCAAUCACGGACUGUCUGAACCACGCGAGACAGGAGAUUGGACAGUCGCCGAAGAACGCAGGUGAUCUCAUUGUAGUUGGCAGGGGCAAACAUUCACGCGUCAUAGAGAACUUCCAUGUUAACAACUACGAAAUGCGGAGGACAUUGGGCCAUAUUGCCGAGGCCAUCAUUUCCGGAGGUGUCAGAGGCAGUGUGUUGGUUAUCAAAGCUGGUGCAAGUGCCCAGGACUCUUAGAUAUAUGUGGAUUUACAGUGAUGGAUACGGCGUUCGUUUGAGGUGUGAUAUUGGGUUAGGAUUUGAAAUGGGUAUCGACUGGUGUUUUGGCUUGGCUGGAUAUGGCUAUUGGGUAGCCACCAGAUUUACAUGGAUUACUGCAUCUAUCAAGCUACCUUGGAUAGAACGGGAUAUUUUGGAAUUCAUACAAGCCUUUGAGCUUCGCAUAUGACAUGCAUGCUGGGGAGUCGGAUAAUGAUUCUGGGUACAUCACUGAGAGAGAGAGUCACAGUAUUACUUAUUAGGGGAUUCAAACAAUUACA